ACGUUGGCCCAGAUCAAGACCAAGACCGGCGUAAACAAACGUUGCCUGAGCCUUGAGACGAGAGGAAAAAAGGAGAGAGAGGAGGCGAGGGCGGCCAGCACGGGGCGAAGAUCUGAUAUAAAAUGUGAGGGCAGAGUUAGCGAGGAGAGAAAUACGGCGAUAAAACGAUUUUUCGAAGCACGGACACCAGGAGCCACCGUUGCCAAGACCACAGCUCCUACCCGUCCCUGCCCAUCCAGCAUCCCGGCCGUGAGGGGCACACCACCACGAGGCAGAUGUGUUAUCCCGACCCUCGCAGGGCAUAAUGCCUUCCCUCCGUGGACAGAUGGAACAACUCCCCCAGUACGUGCCGAGCCUGGAGAUGCCACGCUCGCUGCUCUCCCGGCCGGCUGUCCUGGGCGUGGCCGCUGGGUUCCUUGUGCCCAUCCUGCUGCCGUUCUUCCACUUCGGCAUAAUCUCGCACCUCUGGGAUGAGUUCAACUACAAGGUGGACACCCGUGGCUGUUCCUGCUCCUGCUGGGACACGGUUUUCAAAGGGAUCUACGAGAGGGGUCCAGCAGGGUACAAGCACGUCUACUUCAAUGUGACGGCCAACUCACUCAAGAUCUGGAUGGUGACGAUCUUGGCUGUGCUGCUGCUGUACGAGGGCAUCAAGAGGUUGACGCGCCUCUACCUGUGUCGGGAGGUCCGAAUCUCCAUGGCUGUUUUGUUUGUGAGCAGCAUCUACCCGCACUACUACUCCUGGUGGUCCUACUUCAACUAUUGGAACGACGACUUCUAUAGCCAGUGGAACCACCAGCUCUUCUUCUCCAUCACCGAGCUCGUCUCCACUGCCUACGUCGCCUACCUGAUGGAUAAGAAUGUAGGUGUCACGGCGAGUCGAGCGCUGGUCAUCAUGGACAUCGCCAUCCUCCACAUCGCCACCUCCGGCUUCGACCAGUUUGUCAGUAAUGUGGUGCAGGGGAACGGACGCCUUCACCAGGUUCUCCGUGACAUCUUCUUCAUGGUGCCAGACCUGCUCCACCUCACCCUGCCCUUCCUGGAGCUCCGCAAGGUGGCCAGGUCCCGUAACCUCCCCACGGCACACAUGAUCUCUAACAAGGAAUUCUUCUCUUCGGUGGCAUUUGUACUCAGUGGUUGGUUUGUCUGCCUCAUACUCUAGCUAGUCUCCUAAGUACAAGGAAGACGGGGGUAUGUAUUCACCUAUUCUUGGGUUUACAGUGACUUAGGGAAGCGUAGAGGAUCGAUAUGGUCUUAAAAGUAUUGGUAAGGGAGAUCUUGAAAGGUUAAUAUGUCUGCCUCACACUGUAUAUAGCUAGUCUCCUAAGUACAGGGGGAAGAGAGAGGGGUAUGUACUCACACUCUUGGGUCUGGAGUGACUUAGGGAAUAGUGUGAGAAGUUUCCUAUGGUCGUAAAGUAUUAGUAAGUCAGCUAUUGGAUAAAGAAGAGAAGUAAAUUAUAUCAGAAAACAUUGAAGGGAAAGGAACAGGGAGAGGAAGCAGUAUUAGAAGAUUGCCAUUGCCAUAAAAGUAUUAGAGCUAUUGAUGGGAAAGGGAUGAGAGAGGCAGUGUCCAUGGUCUUGAGUCCUAUUGAAUUCAUGUGUUGUGAUUGCCUCCUAAAAGCUGCACAUACUUUAGCCAAUGUAAAUGUAUGUGUCUCAUUUUAACAGAUCUGAUUUAGCAUGGCAGAUAUAACCCUGAUAUGUCUCCCAGCCAACAUAGGACAAAGGGGAGAAGUAAAUUAUAUCAGAAAGCAAUGAAAGAAGGAAGCAUAGAAGAAGAUUCCCUUAGUUAUAACAAUAUGGAGAAAGCGCUCUUGGUCUGCCCGCCACUGCAACACGGGAUAAAGAACAGAAGUAAGAUACAGCAGAAGACAUUGAAGGAAAAAUGGUGCUAGAAGGAGAGGGAAGAAUAUGUAUCAGUAUUAGAGAAUGAGCUAUUGAAAGGCUGAUCUGUGUGGAUAAAGAACAGAAGUAAGAUAUAGCAGAAGACAUUGAAGGAAGACUGGUGCUAGAAGGAGAGGGAAGGACAUAAGAAGUCUGCUAUAGCCUUAAAAGUAUUAGAGAAUGAGCUAUUGAAAGACUGAUCUGUCUGGAUAAAGAACAUAAAUUAGUUAUAUCAGAAAACAGUGAAGGACAACGGUACUAGAAGGAGAGGGAACAACAUGAAAAGCUUGCCAUAGCUGUAAAAGUAAUAGAGAAUGAGCUAUGGAAAGGCUGAUCUGUGUGAAUAAAGAACAGAAAUUAAUUAUAUCAGAAAACAGUGAAGGAAAAUGAUGCUAGAAAGAGUUGGAAGAACAUUAUAAGCUUCCUACACUCCGAAAGGUACACAGAUCUAUUGAAAGGCAGUUUUCCCAUAUGGAGCAAAAAAUGUAUUGAAAAGAGUGCAGAUUUUUUAGUCAAGUGAUGUCAUGUGUAUCCUAAGAAUGGCAGACUAUGUAAAUCUGUCUCCCUCUAUGUGUGUUACCUUGUAUAGCUGCAUGAAUGUGUACUUACUGUGCUGAAGGCCAUGGGUGAAGAACUUGUAGACAGUGGCAGUGUGUCGGUGUAGUGUUGUGUAGUGUGUCUAGUGUUGUGUAGUGACUUGACCUCCUCGGGAUGGAACACAGCCUUGCCCCACGUGCCUAUGGAAGGGAUGAAGGGAUAACCAAUUAUUACUAACACUAGGUCUGGGAAAAGGAUCCCAAUUAGUGAGUUUUAUACAAUAGUUUUAGCCAAUUAUGAGAUUUUAUUGUUGAAACACUACUUGGGGGGCUAUUACACUGGGCAAAUUUUCCGUGGAUCUUUAUCAAACCACGAUUUCCGCUGGCGUGGUUCUCAUUUGUUUCUUGUUAUUGAUGAUGAUGAUGAUGGUGAAAUCUACCGUAGCUUUGAAAGAUCUUGGACACGUCAGAAAACCACGGAAAUAUGAGAACCACGCCAGCGGAAAUCGUAGUUUGACUGAAGAUCCACAGAAAAUUUGCCCAGUGUAAUAGCCCCUUUAGCUACAUCAAUCAUAAUAGUAACAUUAGGUCUGUGAAGGGGACCCCAAUUAGUGAGUUUUAUUGUUGAAACACUCCUUAGCAACAUAAAUCAUAAUACUAACACCAGGUCUGAGAAGGCAAUCCCAAUCAGUUAGUUUUUGUGCCUUAGUUUUAGGCAGUUGUUCACCUUGAUAGCGUAGGUCCACCUAGCAUAGUGCAGGCUGAUGGUUCCCAUCCCCAGAGCUAAUCCGUCCAAGGGUCACGACCAAUUUUCUCAGAACACAAAACACAGAUCCUUUACUGCCAUUUAGAGGUUUUACGAGGCGGCCUCCUCGGCCGUAGGUGCAGUGUAGUGCGGGGAGUGUUGUGUGGUGUGCCUUGUUGAGAGGAAAGGCAUGCUAGGAAAACUAAGGAGGGAAUGUCUUGGGUUCUAUGGAAUUCAUGUUAAGAUGCCUCUGGAAGAGUAACUUCCUUAGCCAGCGCAGGGCUGUACCCAGUGGGGGGGACGGAUGACCCCCUGUCUGCUAAAAGGUCCACUGAGAAGGUUAAAAUGAAAAACUAGGACGAAAAGUACCGGUUUUUUGUUUUGACAGCAGGAAAAUGCACCAAAAAAUAUUUUUUUGAAAACUCUGAAACCCUCGGCUGGUUUGGCUCACCACAUGCACCACUCAUCCCUCUUCAAGUGGCUACAGAGGUCCACAUUUACUGGAAAAAGACCCCCACCCAGCUCUGGGUACGGCCCUGGAAUUCAAAUGCAUGGUGUGUCACUUGUUGCACCAUGCGAGUAAAGCUAAGAAAGGGGUGAGAGAGGCAGCGUCCAUGGUCUUGAGUCCUAUUGAAUUUAUGUGUUGUGAUUGCCUCCUAAAAGCUGCACAUACUUUAGCCAAUGUAAAUGUGUGUGUCUCAUUUUAACAAAUCUGAUUUAGCAUAGCAGAUAUAACCCUUCCCAGAUCCUAUAAUUCAGCUCAAACUAAUGAUGCAUGAACACAAACGUAUAUACUAACGAUGAUGAAUCUCCUGAUGAGUCUCACUACCACAGGUCAUAAUACUACAGUAAUGCCUUAACACUCACAUGCGGCACUCCCAUCAGAUCUGGCACUCACAGGUCUGGCCGAGAAGGUCCCAAGUUAGCACAAGGCUGAGUCUCGGGAAGGCAGCGUGCUCUUAAGAAACCUCACUUAAUUGAUGUUUGUAGCCGUGAAGGGAACUCGGUCGCCUCAGAGCAAGGACAGAACCAAGUAGUAUUAAUUCACUUAGCUAGCAUAAAAAUAACAGUAGCAAUGAAUGAUGAUAAUGAUAACAGUAAUGAUAACUGCAUGAUCGGAAAUGUCUGGCGUUUCUCAUGAUUCAGACAGGAAGGAAAUAGCGUCAUGUGCCAAAUCCGUGCCCCAGGACAGCCGCAUUUAAUAAUAACGUUUGAUAAUGAUAUUUGAGGCGUUUUCUUGCUGUCGUAUUGGGCCAAGACCACCUCGACCACAACGCUAAGUAGAGUCUCAAAGCUUACGAUCUUGUGAUACAUUUAUUUUGGUAUACGUAAUUGGCUUUCCUUGUAGAACUCUUGUGAUGGGAGUGAGGUCAACAUUCUCAGACAUUUCCGCCUCUCACGUCAACCAUUUACAAGACCCAAAAGGAGACUAAUCAGGUUUUUAUGAAUGUGUUAUUAUGUAAAGGAUGAUACGUAUAUAAUUUGUUGUUGUACUUAAUUCAAUGUUUAGGAGUAUUGCCGGCAAGGGAAUUACGUAUUUAUGCAUUGCCAAAACCACUCGAGUUACCUAUAAUCGAAGUACUUAAUCUGCUCAGUAAAGGUAAUUAGAAGCUAUGUUAAUGGGCAGCUAAUUCCUCGCUUAUCACUUAUUAUUUGCACCUUAAACUUAAUUAACUUAUUGAAUUUGGUUGCGGUUACGAGAUUAUUGCGAGUGUACGUUCUUCACUCCCAAAUGAAGGUGUAUAUUUUUCUAAACCCAAAGGCAGCCACCUGUACUUAUCCAUUGCCUGUUUUAUGACUUAUUUAGCUGCUGUGUUUGUGCUUGCUGGUGUCAAUGUGUCUUGUAUCAUGUAUCCCGACCCAUGCUGACGGGCUGACCAGUAGUGGGGGAGGGGUGUCUAAGGCAACAGUUGCUCCUGAGUUGACGAUCACUGGUGGCUGGCCAAGCACUCCUGCAUGAAAGUAACUCCUUGGUGCUACUGCAUUCAUAACUGUGCUUUAUUCUCUCAUGGUGUUAGGCUUGGAUUGCUUUGCUGCGUACUGAGUGACUUUGAUGUUUAUUUUGAUGUAUACAUGUUAUUUGUGUAUGUGUUGACGUCUCCGCAGAACUAGGCUUGAGAAUGUUGUGGAGAAAGUCUCGUUUUUGUGUGUCGAAAAAGCGGAAGAGAUUCUCAAUUGUUUACGAGAUGAAAAUUAAGUGAUGUAAGGUUUUGUAUGUAUUUUUCAGUAUUCACUGGUCUGGAAAAGAUGUAUAAGAUAUUGUUCUUGUAUAUCGGAAGAAGCGAAAGAGAUUUUCAGUUGAUUACGAGAUGAAUAUUGAGUGAUGUAAACUUUUGUAUGUAUUUUUCAGUAUUCACUGGUCUGGAAAAGAUGUAUAAGGUGUUGUUUAUGUAUACGUAUUGGAAGAAGUAGAAAUCACACCCAACUGAUUAAGGAGAUGGAAAGUAUGCUAUAUAAACUUUUCUAUGUAUUUUCAGUAUUCAUAUGUCUGAAAAAGAUGUAUAAGGUAUUGUUCUUGCAUAUUGGAAGAAGUAGAAAUCUCGCCCAACUGAUUAAGGAGAUGAAAAAUAUGCGAUAUGAACUUUUCUAUGUAUUUUCAGUCUUUAAUGAUCUGAAAAAAAUGGAGAGGCCUAUUUUAUGUAUAUUGGAAAAAGUAGAAAUCUCACCCAACUGAUAUAGGAGAUGAAAAUAUGCGAUAUGAACUUUUCUAUGCAUUUUCAGUCUUUAAUGAUCUGAAAAAAAUGGAGAGGCCUAUUUUAUGUAUAUUGGAAGAAGUAGAAAUCUCACCCAACUGAUUAAGGAGAUGAAAAGUAUGCGAUAUAAACUUUUCUAUCUAUUUUCAGUCUUUAAUGAUUUGAAAAAAAUGGAGAGGCCUAUUUUAUGUAUAUUGGAAGAAGUAGAAAUUGCACCCAACUGAUUAAGGAGAUGAAAAGUAUGCGAUAUAAACUUUUCUAUGUAUUUUCAGUAUUUAAUGAUCUGAAAAAAACGGAGAGGCCUAUUUUAUGUAUAUUGGAAGAAGUAGAAGUCUCGCCCAACUGAUUAAGGAGAUGAAAAGUAUGCGAUAUAAACUUUUCUAUGUAUUUUCAGUAUUUAAUGAUCUGAAAAAAAAACAAUGUAUAAAUUCCUCACAUAUACACACACUGCUGUACUAUGUUAUUAUUUGUAUGUAUAUAUGCACUAUGCUGUAUCAUUUUAUUAACUAUUUAUAUCACUAUGCGGUAUUACUUGUAUUAUUUUGUAACUACUGCGUAAGAUGUAGGAAGUUGAUAUUGAUAGUUUUAUUGCUAUUUAAUUUGUCUCUGAGUCUUUACAAUACAGUCUUAGUUAGCUCCUCAUUAACCUGGUAGCAGCGCUGGGCCAAAUUUGUGGCUUAACCGUGUAGCAGCGACGGGCCAAAUUUGUGGCUUUACCGUGGAGCAGCGACGGGCCAAAUUUGUGGCUUUACCGUGCAGCAGCGACGGGCCAAAUUUGUGGCUUUACCGUGGAGCAGCGACGGGCCAAAUUUGUGGCUUUACCGUGCAGCAGCGACGGGCCAAAUUUAUGCCAUGAUGUAAACCCCCCAAAAAUAGAUGAUACAUAAACUGAUCGCAAUUGCUUUGAUAUAUAUUAUGAAAUGGUUUGUGUGAGUGAUGAUUUUUUUUUCAUUUUUCUCGCUUAGAGGCACCAUUAAGAAACAUGAUCCCCGCUGCUACCGGGUUAAGGUUUGUUUAAUCCGUACUUAUUUAUCUAUAAUUCUUUUUGAGUGCGGAGAGGCAGCUGCACCUUACUGUUAUUCUACCUAACUUGAUCUGUUCAAAGGGUAAUGCAUUGGUGGAGGGACGUAACUGUUUUAUCAUUUAAUGAAUAUCUAUAACUUAUUUUUCUGCAUGAGAUACUUGGAAGGGCAAUGCAUAUGUUGUAGAGAUUUUAUUAUUUUCUCAUGUAUUUUAAUGUCACCUGUUACUUACUUAAAAGGGUAAUGCAUUUGGUUAAGGGAUUUUAUUAUUUUCUCAUGUA